UAUCCUAGAUUAAAUCUUCGUCUUUAUAACGAGAUAUUGUUCAUCAAAAUAAAUCUAGAAUUACGUUUGUUCUCAAUAAUGACGUAAAUGUUGGCUUUUGAUGUUUCGUGAAAAAAAAAAAAAAAAAGUAUCUUAUAGUGACGCCACCUCGAAAAUCGUGGCUAAAGAGAAGAAGCUUCCUCAGUCAUCUGAUUGUCAAUUUUAAAUAGAAUUAAAUUAAUAUUUCAAAUUAACAUUUAUACGUACUUUCGUAGACUAUUUACAUCAACAAAAACAAACUUUUCAUUGACUUUGAUUGUUAUCGAAACAUUUUUUCUUUUGGAUUUUGAACAGUGAAGAUCGAAGCACUAUCAUUCUUAAUGCCAUCUACACGAAGAAAUUUGGCGGCAAGUAGUAUCUCGAGAGAAUAGCGGCAAACUAAAACUUGAUCAAUAACAUAAAGGAUAUUUCAAGGUUAUAUCAAAAACGGAAUACAAGAAGAAAAGAAAGAGCUUGAGUAUUUAUUGAAGAAUAUUAAACAUGUCGCAAGAAAUGAAUAUAUUAUGCUGUUAUUCCUGUCAAAUGUUUCAAGUACAUAUUGUCAAAAAAGCGAAGAAAUGGCAGUGCAAAGUUUGUAAUGAAAAGCAAUCUAUCCGGCGAGUUUAUUUUCAAGGAUCAGGAAAGGAUUGUCGUUUACAUGUACAAGAAUUAAAUUCACAAAAAUUAAAAGGCCUUGAAUCGACCCAAACAACUCAUUUCAAUACUGAUAACAGAAAUUAUGUAUCUUAUGACAAAGACGAAUCAUUGAAUCAACAAGUUUCAGAUAACUGGUCUAAUCAUUCUGAAAUACCAUUCGAUGAUUCUGAUCAUGUAUCUGAUAAAGAAUAUGGUCAUGAAGAACAAACUAAAGAUAAUAAUUAUGAUAAUUGUAGAGAUCAGUUCAUUGAUAAUCGUAUCUACUAUAAAAGUGAAGGUCAUGCAAAUAACGAAAUAGAAGAUUCAAAAUCUAUAAAUUCGGAAUCUAUUCGUAAUAUUAAUAGCAAGACUGAAAUUAAAUCUAUAACAAAUAAUACAAAAGAAAAUCAAAAUAUAUUUGAAACUUACGAAGAUUUUGAUGAUGCACUUGAUUUUUAAUUUUUAAUAUACAUA